UGUAAAGAUGGAAGACACGAUCUCUGUGGCUUUGAGUGGGUUCCCGGAGAUAUAUGAUACUAUGUCGUAUAUAUACCGGUACUGCAACAAAAAGGAGCUGGCUUGGAGGAGAAUAAGCAAGGAAGUAGGCAUACCUGGUAAGUUAUACAAAAUAUACAUCUGUUGCUUGAUUACAGAUACCAACAACACAUUAGCAUUAACCAAGUUAGCUCAACCACCGGUUUAACGGCAGAUAAUGGUUAAAAGUUACCGUUUGUAAACGUUUUUUUCUUGUCAAAGGAGGUAUGCCGAAGGAAGUGGAAAAGCCUCAGGGACACGUCAAGGAAAGAAAGAGGGAGAAAGAUAGGAGGAGUGGGUCAGCAGCAGGGACCAAUCAAAAGUGGAAAUACUCUGCGGUCCUGUCCUUCCUCAACGCAUUUCUUACCCCGAGAAAAACUACCAGCAAUAUGGUGUCGAGGAAGACAGGACCUCAGAGUACGGAGGUGAAGCGCAGGGAGCAGACGGGAGAGAUGAACAACAUCAGUUUUCGGAAGGGCAGUGAGGCAGAGGAUCACCAUGAUGCCCCUGCUGAUGCCCCUGCUGCUGUCCUGAUAGUUGCAGGGCCUAGUGGUGAAGGCAGAGCACCAAGGGGAAGAAAAAGGCCCAGAAAUGUAGAGAGAGAGAAGGAAAGGGAGGUGCAUGAACGCCUCCUUGAGGCCUUGGCAGUGCGGGGAUCCGUUGCUCUGCCUGCCACUGUUAGCACCCCACUAACAGAGGAUGAACUUUUCCUCAAAAGCCUACUUCCUUCUCUUCAAAGACUGCCAACGCAGCAGAAGAACUUCGUGAAGUUUGAAAUUCAUAAAUUAAUUUAUGAAGCAAGCACAUUUGUGCUAAAUUUGGAAUUCGAAUAGAUUACCUGCCAUGGGUUGACAAUAUUUGAAGGGAACAAACCAGGCUUUUUAAAAUGUAAUCUACUGUAUACAGUAUACAUUUAGAUUAUAAUUUUUUAUUCAAAUAUCACAAUAAAACGUUGUUUAAUGUUCCUUUAUUCUUUCGCCAUCACAUACGUUUCUUUAGGUUUCUUUAUGGUCAUCACAUAAUUAAUAACGUAAUUAAGGUGAUUGUAUUGUGCACAGUAGUGUAAAGUAACUAACUUUUACUUGUAACAGAGUAUUCCUAGUAGCAGUCUGCUACAUAUAAUCCUUUGUAGAAAUAUAAGAGACUACAUAUUUUCACAAUUUCAUUACAUUUAAAGUCAAAAUGUACUUCUAUAUAUGCUUUGCCUAUAAUCAUAAAGUCAUUUAAAAAGCAGAAAGUGGCACUACCUCACAAAACAAUAAUUCAUGGAUUUAACAGAAACAAUUAUAUGAAUUGGUGACCUAAAUCUGGUGUUGGGAUAGAAAUGUUGCUCAAUAGUAUGUGUGGGUGGCUCUUAAAAGAGCCUUUAUUGUGUGCUGGUGCAUUACACGUCGUCUUGCCAUGGGACCGUUCCCUCUGCAUUGAAGUAUGAUGUGAAGACCUCCCUAACUGAUGGCCUCUCUUGCGGAGUUGUUGGCUGCAAUUCUUCCUAGACCUGGCAGUGGCUCCACAUCAGCAACUGAGAUGGCCCUCUGUGUAUUUGCCUGGGUUGUCCUGCGCAAGAAGUUAUGGAGAAUACAGGUAGCCUUCACAAACUUCUCUGCAACUUCUGGCUGGACUUCAAUUACAAGCCUGUACAUCCUCCACUGAGAUGAAAGAAUCCCAAAGGCAUUCUCCACAACAAGCCGAGCUCGAGACAGACUUCGUUGAAGAUUCUGCGCUCUCUGGGAAGGUUGCGCCCAGGGAAUGGCCUCAUGAGGUUUUUUCUGAGAGGAAAGGCCUCAUCUGCAACAAAGACAUGUGGCAGUGGUCCCAGGUGGUCAACUCCUGGGAGUGGCAGGCCAGCAGGCAGUUGGAGGGAGCCAGAUUUCAGGGCUUGACCAAAAGCAGAGUUGGCCAGAAUGCCCCCCAUCACUUCUAUAGCCCCCAACAUCAAUAACACGAAAACAAUACUGUGCAUCCACAACUGCCAAAAGAAUGUUCCUUUGUAAUAAAAAAACUGGGAUCUUGUGUUUUCUGGGGCUUUGAGGACAACAUGUUUCCCAUCCAAUGCUCCACAGCAGAGAGGAAAGUUCCCCUGCUCAUGAAACGUUUCUGCUAUUGACCUCCACUCCUCUGUAGAGGGCUCAGCCAUGAACUCCUCCACAAGCCAGUCCCAAACAGCAGUGGCCACAUCAGGGAUGACAGUUAAGACAGUUGAGAUACCAACACGGAAGCUGUUGGCAAUUGUCCUGAAUGAAUCUCCAGUGGCGAGAUAUUGGCAGCACAAAAAAAAUAUAUAUAUAAAAUAAAUCAAACAAAGUUGUAUGAAGACAUACCCUGAUAAAGUGGUGUAAAGUAACUAAGUACAUUUAAUGGUGUACUUUUACUCCACUACAUGUAUUUAAUACCUUUAGUUACUUUCCAGAUUUGAAUUAAUGAUGUGAAAUAUAAUCAAGUCUUAAAUCAGACUUUAUGUCUGUUUUGAAUGACGCGAUAAAACAAACUGCAAGCCGCGGUGAAACUCGAGCUAUUGGAGUCCGGUGUGAACGCAGCAUAAGACGUAUCUCGGCUACCAGUUUCAUACCUGGUAGGGUUGGCCGGUCAGACCCAGAUGGGUCUCUUGCAUA